UUCGCCAUCCUCAUGGAUGUUUCCGGAAAAGUGUCCCAAUAUGCUGGAAGUUUAGCAGCAGCCCUGGACGUCGUGUCAAUUAUUGGAUGUGCACUGUCUGUAGUGUGUUUGGCGUUAUCGUUGUUUGUGUUCACAUUCUUCAGAUCUCUCUACAAUGUGCGAAAUACAAUUCAUCGCAAUUUGUGCUUUAGUCUGCUUGUGGCCGAACUUAUAUUUGUGAUUGGAAUGGAUCGAACUGGCAAUCGCAUCGGUUGCUCGAUAGUGGCCCUUUUACUGCAUUAUUUCUUUCUUGCUGCAUUUUGUUGGAUGCUUCUUGAAGGCUACCAGUUGUACCUGAUGUUAAUCCAAGUGUUUGAACCAGACAAGACGCGCAUUUUACUAUACUAUCUCUUUUCCUAUGGUUUCCCUGCUGUUGUCGUAGGUGUCUCGGCCGGUGUAGCGUGGCAUAAUUAUGGAACUGAUCGAUAUUGCUGGAUAAACACAUCUUCACCGACGCUAUGGGCCUUUAUUGUGCCUGUUAUUGUAGUUAUUUUGGCAAAUGUGAUCUUCCUUGCCAUUGCAUUGAGAGUCGUUCUAUCGGUGAACAGUCGGGAUCGGAACAACUCCGAUCGAAUAUUUGGCUGGUUGAAAGUAAGUUGUUUUGUCGCCUAUUGUCGCUAUAUGUCGCCUACAUUGUAG